AUGGUAACGCCGAACGCAGAGUCACUAGUCAAUCAAAGAAAAGUUCGCAAGGGGACGCGGUCCUGCUGGGAAUGCAAACGACGCAAGACCAGAUGCAUCUUUCCAGCGUCAGGCGAGCCAACAUGUGUCUAUUGCCAGCGUCGACGCGUCCCAUGCCUCGGCCAGGAGAUUCCAGAGUCUUUGGCUCUGGCCGGAAAGGGUCAUCGUGGCCUCGGUGAUCGCAUCGCAAGAGUUGAAGAUGCAAUGAAAGACUUGCUUGCUGGUAAGGAUAUUGGAUCUUCGACCCAGGACCGGGAUUCUGUCGAAGUUGAUGUCUCAGACCUCACUCCUUCGUCAGUUCGAGCUCCUCCCACGCCUGCAAAAACUCUUGAAGAACACUCUCUUCCUUCGACACUGCCUGCCUCGGAGACGCCGGCGUUGUCAGGUCGAGCGGAAACCGAAAUCGAAAUCAUAGCCUCUAAUUCCUUGUGGGCAGCAUUUCCAUCCGACGACGACGUCAGGAUUCUGCUUCAGGAGAGCGUCAGAACAUCACGUUACACCUUUUCUGUCAACACUCAGCCGCAUGAUAAAUUAAACCCCGAGACGCUGGGGGCUCCGUACCUUUCAGCGAAAUGCCCUGGCCCCGACACUCAUCCUGUCAUUCUCGCCAAGUCUAUGCUUAUUUUCGCUAUCACUUUACAGGCUCCAUGUGAAGAAUUUAUUGGCCUCUCGGGGCGACCAAGCGUACUCAGCCGUCGCUGGGUCACGGCUGCUAUGUCAUGGUUGACCACCCGGGAGAAGACAGACGGCUCUUUUGACGGCUUAGUUUGCCUCAUUCUUGAGGCGGUCUUUGAGACUAACUGUGGUAAUCUUCGCAAGGCGUGGGUACUCUAUCGCAGCGCAAUGACCAUGGCCCAAAUGAUGGGCCUUCAUCGCUCGCCUAUGCCUCCACUAAAACGCAUCGACCCAGAACUUGAUGCUGACCCGGAGUUUAUGUGGUUCCGCAUUGUCUACAUGGACCGUUAUCUCAGUUUACUGCUCGGUCUACCCCAUGGCACAGCCGAUAACAGCAUAGGGGCUGCGUCGGUUUUACGCCGUGAACCACCACUUGGCCAAUUCGAGCGCCAACUCACCGUCAUAGCAUCUCGCAUACUGGAGCGUAAUGAGCGUGCUUUUACUACGAGCGAGAUGAUCACCACACAGUGUAUUGAUGCAGAGCUAUUAAGGGCGUCGGAGAGUAUGCCAGCAAGCUUCUGGCGUCCAGCGAAUUUCCAGAACGUCGUAGUAGCAUCGCCCGAUAACCUCUUGGAGGCAAUACGACUGGCAGCUCAGGUGUACUACUACGGCUUGCUGAUUCAACUCCAUCUUCCAUAUAUGAUGGUGCACAGAAGUAGCAAUGAUACCGAGCAUGAGUACUCCAAGAUUACAUGCGUCAACGCGAGCCGGGAGAUCAUAACACGCUUCAUCGCUCACCGAAGCUUUCAACCCAAGUCAUCCUGCUCACGACCGGUAGACUUUUUUACGCUUUUAGCUGCCAUGACACUCGUACUUGCUCACCUCGAUAGUCGGUAUCAUCGAAAUGCGACUAACUUCCUAGCUCAUCAGCAUCUCAGCGAUCGUGCCAUGCUGGACCAGGCCUUGGAAAGAAUGGACGCGAUGGGAGACGUCAACAAGGACGUCGUCAUGGAAGAUAGCGCUAAACUGAUCCGACAGCUACUCGAAAUCGAGGCAGAUGCAGCCAAUGGAAGCAGCUACACUGCCAGCAGCGUCGGAAGAGACGAAGACCACGUACAGGACUCUUUGGAGAAAGAAUAUGGAGGGCUGCGUUUACACAUCCCAUACCUGGGAACCAUCAGGAUAACUCGUCAGGGACCUAUCUCAGUCAAACCCUUUCAAGAACGCGCAGAAUCUAAGCCAUACCACACUCCCCGGGCCGAGUUUCCGCACAUGGAACCAACUGAAAAUUCGCCGUUUUUGGGAGAUCCCCUGGCACCGGGACAGGUUAACGGACAGAUACAAACACCCGGAGAAGAAGAACAGCAGUGUCUGCUACAAAAUACCACCCUGCAACAAUCGGACUUGGACUUUCCCGCUAUCACUGCAGGUGUUGAUGACUGGGCUUUCCAGGGUGCCGAUGGGGCAUUUUUCGAUAGCCUACUGAGAGGUUAUUCAGGCCUUGAUAAGUGA